AUGCCAUUCACACGUUCGGGAUUAACUGGAUAUUCUCGACGACAGUCCAAGCCACCUCAGAAUCCUAUAAAGCCCUAUCACCAGGAGUACUCGAAGCAGGUGCACAUGAAUUCAACUGCAAAGGAUUUCGCAAAACAAUCUGUUUCGCCCAAGCAGACAGCAUUCUCGCCAACAGUGAAUAGAUUUAGCAUCCUGGCGGCACUCGAUGCGAACCCUGCUCAGUGGUCAUUUGACUUCUCGCAGACGCAGAAUUCAAUGAGCAACUGUCGUCGUCGUGGCAAACGCGGCGGCAAGCAUGUUCGAACAAAAGGCAUAAGGAAGCAACGGAAGAGUGAGCAGCGCGAGGUGGCUGACAAGUUAUGUGAGCAAAUGGCGGAAAUGUGCCCUCCGGGGGUAGAUGCCAUUAUUCACGAUCCAGACCCUCAGGAUGAUGUACCCACGCAGGCUCUUCAAAGCGAUUCUGCUACUUUCCCCAACAACGUCAGGCAUCCUUGGAUCCCUCAAUUUGGGUCUGCCGAAUCCAUCAUGAAGGACCUUACACCAUGCAAAGACAAAGAGUCCACUUUGUUUGGUGGUAAUCAAUCGGUUGAUCCAUUCAGACAAUGCCUCACCAUGGCCGAGAAGCCUGCUUUUAAGCGCAAAGAGUCGCGGUUUUUCCCAAUGGCUGCCUUCCUAGCGUCACCGGACAUAGCAUCAACACAGUCUUACCGGCUACCCGUAGGAAACCUGUCAAAAGUUGCCGAAGCAUCAAAGCGUUUAUCUGAUAUCAUCAAUACUGAGCCCAACACCCCCACUGUAGCUUCAGAAUGCCGUGCCUUCUUAUCGGAGAGGACUAUAUCUCCACCUUUGACUAUCAGUUUGAGUAUCGACCAAGAACGACUACACACUUUAGGUCAACCAGUGAAAAAUGAAGACUCCGUAGUCAAAAGUUCAGCAGCUACAUCUCCUGAGAUAUCGAAAGAUUCUAUUGCAUCUUGGACUUCGGCUUCAUCGAUUGACAUGGGGCCAAUGCGUUCAGCCACUGCACCAACAACCAACGAUUGUACCGUUCCUGAUGGAAGGCCUGGGUCUGCGCAACCAAAUAAUACCCAUCAGUUGAGAAAUGAUCCCCCGAAAAACGCUUUAUCAGGUCCAACAAAACCGGUACGGCCAUUGUUGCAAAAGGCCUUGACAUUGCAAACACCAUUCAGGCCCAGGUCAGAGUGCUAUGAGAUCGAUGAGAUCGCCCAUAGUUCGAACAUCGACCGACAUAGUCUAGAUAAACAUGUCGAUCUUGAGCAUUUUCUCUCACUGGGCCACGCAGAUCCGUGCUGGUGCAGGCGGAAUAUCUUACCAACUCCUCCACCCUCAGAUACCGAGUCACACUUGACGCCCAUUGACUGUUAUGGCAUGACAUUUUCAACUUCCCCAGGAACUCCAGCUUGGCCUGAUAUGUCACCAGAUCAAGAUGCAUCUCCCAAUGGCACCAAUACCCCAUCGCUAUCCUCUGAAUCCGAGUUUGAAGACUUGGAAUAUUGGGAACCAUGGAAGAUGAACCAGGAGGACUGGACUAUUCUUGGGCGUAGUGAAACUCCCCCACUAGUUCGCACUCCUCAGCUACCGCAUACGCCACUUGCGCAGAUGAGUCCUCCAUCGGAUGAAUCCGAUCAAGACGGAGAUACUUGGACUAUUUUACCUUUCUCACCAGAGACAAGAACUGCGUAUGACGACAAUGCUGCUGAACUGAGUGCAUCCAUGGGCGAUCUUAGGCAACCACUCCUACGCAACGACGAUACCGACAAGAUUGCCCUUGCCACCGCAAUUGAGUGGCCAAGCCUAGCGGAGGCAAAGAAACUGAGACGAGCUCAGAAGGAAGUGAACCAUAGGCCCAGGAGCGCGAGCAGUGUUGGUGACGAGGGCGACGUUGAUACCAAUGGCGGUGUCAUGAUCGGAAGACUGUUCCACUGA